AUGCCAACGGCGCCAGGCUCGAGGCAAAUGCUCGCGCAGGUCUCUUCAGCGAUCAAAGAGCCCCGCCUCGACAACGACAUGCGCGCUCGAGGUCGUCAACAACAUUCAUUCCGUCUCGCUCGAGCUCUUCAUCUCGACUUUGUGUCCUCGUCGCCCAGCGCCUGCAACAGGCGGGAUCGACUCGCCAGCUUUCUAAGCAUACACGCCAGCGCCCUACGCUGGGGCAUGACCAAUCUUGGCAAGGUGACAGCCUCUCUCUCGACGACGUCCGGAACAGUCUUCAGCCCCUGGCCAUCAAGACGACAGCGACGCGCACCGAGCAAGACUGCAGGCCACUGUCACGCCUAUCGUCAAGCCUGCCGCCGAACACCUGGACUCUCGAGCGCUGCAGCAGGUUAG